AUGAAGUGUAAGUGCAUAAUAUGAAAUAAAUAAUUACUAGAAAUCGAGAAAUUGCAAGAUAAAAUUUGCAAAAUUUUCAACUUUAAUGCAUAUAUCUCGAAAACUAUAAAUUUGCGGCGGCAACAAUUAUAUAUUUUCUUAAUCUGGAGCAUCAGCCCUAUUCAAACAUAUCAUUUUUAACCCUGAAAUCGUGGGAUUUUAUACUAAAGUUUCCCCCGGAACAACGUUGGCAACAUAAUUCGAGCAGUCCUGGAUCGAUUUGGCACCACGUUUACCCCAGUGUAUAAUUCGAAUCUUCAGAGGCGUCGUACUUGUGCACCGAAAACGUUAUUGCUAAAUGAGUCUAUUCGUCAUCGCGUGCAAUAUUUAUAACGGGGCCCAUCCCCUUUAUAGAAUUUGUGAAAGAAUUGAAGCGUUCGGUAAAUGGUCUCGAAAUGAAAUAGCCACCGAUCCCGAUUUUUAACAAGACAAUUUUGUUCAAUCAAGAAGCAUAUUAUUAUUACAUUUGGAUUGAUGAUAAUUCACAAGCCAUUGUUGAGACGCCGUAAAAUCCUCAAAUGGUUUUUUCGUUUCUGAAUUGGACCAAAUUAUGUGCCGACGACGUAAAGUUUUUUUAAAUCAUAUACUUCAAUUGAUGAAAGAUGUCUGUUGCAAACAGACAAAACAAUAUGGUUGUUUGGUGCGAUAGAAAUGAUUUGCCAUUGAAUCUCAAAAAAAGUGAGAUCAUGUGUUUUUCCCUCUUUAUGUAAAACUAUAGACUAGAGAAAUCUUUUAACUUUGUGAUUCGAGAGUUACUAUGGAACUUAAAUAUAAUUUUAAUCUUCAUAUUGAUGCCAUGAUUUGAAAGCAAAAGCUGUACUUAGUUGCAUUAAACACUGGUCUGAAGAAUUUAGAAAUCUGCACGUUGCAAGAACUAUUUUUACAGCCUGGUUGGAAUAAGUUGUAGUUCUUUUCUCUUGCCUGAAGUUUUAAUUACAAUCCCGCAUCACGCCUUUAACUUCGGUUGGGUGGAAAAUCGUAGGGUUAUUAAAAAAUUUGGGACAAUGUUUUAUACAAAUUGGGUUUUACAAAGCGGUUUCGAAAUUUUAUAUACACACCCGCAAUCCCAUUAUUGAUAUCUGAUCCAAGUUUUUUUAUUAUGUUUAAUAAUUGCCUAUACUACACACCUGCCAUAUGCACUAGCUCAAUGGGAAGGGAAAUAAAAUUUCUUUGGAUAUGAACUUUUCGAGUGAGUUCUACAUGUGUAGAACAAACUAGCCAAACAAAAAGUUGUUUUAGUCAAAAAUAAUCUCAAAUUAAUUUUCCUUUAUCUAUGUUUACUUUUACUUAUCUAAACUUACAAGGUUACGUACAAACAAAGUACAACUAUUUCGUUUAAAUAUUUUGUAGCAACGUAUUCAAUGAUUUAAAAACUUUAAGUAUUUAAGGUGUUCAUAAAUAUAUAGAUAUAGUCGUAUGUAUACAUACAUAAUUUACUUUAAUAAGACUAGACAAUCCAUUCUGCUGACAUGGCUAAGUUAUUGUCGGAUAUGUCUAGUAAGGACUUGGUCGGAUUUUGAAAAAUGAAGCGGUGUUUUAUUAUCUGCUCUUAUAUCUAAAGCUUAGUAUCCAGCUCUCAAGAAAUGUAAAAACUUCAUAUAAAAAAACUCUUAAGAAAUGGUCAAGAAAAUUUCCUGCGGUAAAUUUUUUUGUGCUAGUAUGCAGCUCUAAAAAAAUCUUGUACUAUAUUUUAAUACAUUUUUCAAUAAAAUGCGUAUUUGACAAUCCGGGUUUUGCGAAGAAACAAUUAAUCAACUAUUGUUUCUUGAAGGAAAUUCAAAGUAAUCGUUAAAUUCAUCCUAAAUUAGUUAAGAUCAUUAUUAUGAAGUAUAGUUCAUUUUGAAAUGCUGUAUGAAACUCACCACUCAUCAACAACAUUCCUUAAAUCGCAAUGAAAAUAUUUAUGUUACUACACACAUACAUAAAUACAUAUUACACAAAGUUUAUUUUAGACGUGUUUUAUUUGACCAUCAUAGGCUAAUAGCUAAACCAUGGACAAAUAAAACGCAUUUAGCUUAUUUCACAUUUUCGCUUAAAUAUGCAUUAUAUUGGCAACGCGGGAAAUAACAAUCAGCUGAUAUUCAAUUUAUUGCAACGAAAUGUUUGACAUGGAGAAAAGCAAAAGAAAAGUUUGGACGAAGGCCGAGACACUUCUAUUCCUGAAGUGCUACAAUGAGAGGAAGGAUGAGUUCCUGCAUGCGCGGAAGAAAAAGUUCGCAUAUGGAAACGUCAUGGAGGACAUGAUAUAUCAAGGAUUUACAGAUACAACAAUUAGUGCGGCUGCCCUUGUUUCAAAAUUGCGAACGCUUUUGAAGCAGACUGGCACUUCUCCGUGCACAGUACCAUAUAUGCGCGAGAUGGACGAAAUUUUUGGCGAAAGUUGCUUGGUGUCCAACAACCACACCUCAAACAUUGGGACAGAUCUUCAAGAGGCAUUGGUUGAGUCUAGUGGUAAGGAGUAGUUAAAGGAUUCAACUGAUUUUCAAACAAUGCUCGACGAUAUGUCAAGUACUUCGAGGCAGAGCCGGUCUGCACUAAGCCGUAGCAUGUGCAAACCAAAUGCUGUGAAUUCACAGGAGCCGAACACAGCAAAUCCUAUUCCAAAUCGGCAUUAUCGGAAAAGCGCUAAAGAACGAUAUUUUGAUAAAAUAAUAGAAUAAAAAACGAGAAGUGCUGAAGUGCAGGCGAAGUUUUACGCGAAUAUAGAAAAACGAAUGCAGGAUUUGGCCGAAAACAAAAUAUACUAAUAUUGUU